AUGGAGAAUCGAAAAGUUUACCAAACCAGGAAAAAAUAUCCACAAAGAAGAUCAUCUCGAAUCAUCCAAAGGGGGGACUUGCUACCUCCAAACCUACGCUCUCAACCAAUCAACCUACCAUCACCACCUUCUUCCCAACCUCCACCUCAAUCACCAAACCAAUCACCACCACAACCACUGAAUGCGGCCACACCACCACCUUUAUCACCACUUCACUUCCCCCCAUUACCAACUCGACACCCGAUAGGGAAGCCAUCAUCAUCAGUAACCUUCCGACAGCCUUUCACUCCAUUCCCUCCAACUCCUCCAACCCCGAAGAACCAAGCUCAUCCCAUGAUCCCGUAA